UGUAAUAUUAUUAUUGUUGUUGACAUCAGAAAACAUAAAAUAGUAAACAAUUAUUAUUGCAUUUAUUGAUUACAUAAUCGGUUGUAAAACAAUAUACUAUCGGAUCAAUUGUGACCAUCAUUUAGUCGGACGACAACUCAUUUGAAUUAUUAAUGUUAUAACAAUUAUCUUUUGUUUUACUAUUUUGAUGUCCAAAUUGUAGUGAUAAUGGCAUCGAUGCAGAAACGUCUUCAGAAGGAACUGUUGGCCAUCCAGAAGGAGCCACCAAUUGGUGUCACCGUAAAUGAGUCCAACAUUGGUCCCAAUUUGACUCAAUGGAUUGUCGACAUUGAUGGACCAGUUGGUACACUCUAUGAAGGCGAACACUUUCAGUUGCUCUUUAAAUUUAGCCCGAAAUAUCCGUUUGAUUCACCUGAGGUGACAUUCAUGGGCUCUAACAUUCCAGUCCAUCCUCAUGUCUACAGCAAUGGACACAUAUGUUUGUCAAUACUUACUGAAGAUUGGUCUCCAGCCUUAUCAGUGCAAUCAGUUUGUCUUAGUAUUGUAUCAAUGCUUUCGAGUUGUAAAGAAAAGAAAAGACCACCAGAUAAUUCAUUGUAUGUGAAGACCUGCUCCAAGAACCCAAAGAAAACUCGCUGGUGGUAUCACGACGACCACGUCUGACAACUAAUCAUUAAAUUAUGAUUUAUUAUUAAUUAUUAUUAUUAUUAUACUAUUAUUAUUAUUAAUGA